GUGAGGCAUGUCUUAUCUGGCUGAUAGAGACCCUGUGCAGCUCCCGGUCUCCCUUUAGCAACCUGACUAUUGGCACUGAUGCUGCCUGCUGGGCACCUUAACAACUUGUAGUCUACAUUCCACACUCGGGCACAGAGAGUUUUGUGUUUGCAACAUCUAAAGACAAACUUUGCAUUUAGUUUUAUGCUUUCAAACUUUUUAAGAUCUAUUUUGCCCUAGCUAGCCCCCUCUAUUAUCUUAUCCUAUGCUGACUGCAUAUUAGGUGCAAGCUCCUCAGGGGGACCCCAGCAAUGGAUAAGAUGAUCGCCUGUCCCAGCACAAGAUGGACUUUGUUACUGUUCGUGGGGAUCCUGUGUGUUGCCGUUUCGCGGGGAGCUGUGGGGUAUUACCCCAGGUUCUCUCCCUUUUUUUUCCUUUGUACCCACCAUGGGGAGCUGGAAGGGGAUGGAGAGCAGGGGGAAGUGCUCAUCUCCCUACACCUGGCUGGAAACCCGAACUAUUAUGUACCUGGACAGGAGUAUCAUGUAACAAUCUCAACCAGUACGUACUUUGAUGGGCUCCUGGUGACUGGAUUAUACACCUCGACCAGUGUGCAGGCUUCACAAAGCAUUGGGGGAUCCAAGGCAUUUGGAUUUGGCAUAAUGUCUGAUCACCAGUUUGGUACUCAGUUCAUGUGCAGUGUUGUUGCUUCACAUGUAAGUCACCUACCAACAACCAACCUCAGUUUUGUAUGGAUUGCCCCUCCUGCGGGUACAGGUUGUGUCAACUUCAUGGCAACAGCUACUCACAGGGGGCAAGUAAUAUUCAAGGAUGCUCUGGCCCAGCAACUCUGCGAGCAAGGAGCUCCCACCGAAGCUCCUUUGCGUCCAAACCUAGCUGAUGUUCAUAGGGAAGGUAUCAUUUUAAGAGAUGAUUUUGACUCUAACAAACAGGAACUGAAUCCAGCUAUUUGGCUGCAUUGCAAAAACUGUGAGGUUGGGGCACAGUGCGGUGUGAUUAUGCAUGGUGGGGCUGCCACAUUUUGUGACCCGUACGGAGAAAGAGAACUGACAACGACUAACCUUAACACAAGUACAGCCUCCAUCCUGCAGUUUUCUAUUGGCUCAGGCUCAUGCCGCUUCAGCUACUCUGACCCUGGUAUCUUGGUCUCCUAUGCUAAGAACAACAAUUCGAGCUGGGUGACACUGGAGACAAUUAGUGCCCCGUCCAAUGUUACCACGAUUAUCCACAUUAUCUACCUUCCAAGUGAAGCCAAAGGUGAAAAUGUAAAGUUUCGCUGGAAGCAGGAGAACACCCUGGAUGGAGAUGUGUACGAGGCCUGCUGGGCAUUGGACAACAUUCUGAUUAUCAACUCUGCUCACAAGCAAGUCGUGUUAGAAGACAAUCUAGAUCCCAUGGAUACUGGAAACUGGCUCUUCUUCCCUGGGGCUACUGUCAAGCAUAGCUGUCAAUCUGAUGGCAAUGCCAUUUAUUUCCAUGGAACAGAGGGCAGUGAAUAUAACUUUGCUUCUACAAGGGACGUGGACCUCUCCACUGAGGACAUUCAGGAUCAGUGGUCUGAAGAGUUUGAAAGUCAGCCCGCUGGGUGGGACAUAACUGGAGCUGUCCUUGGUACUGAAUGUGGAACAAUAGAAUCAGGCUUGUCCCUUAUCUUUCUGAAAGAUGGCGAAAGGAAACUGUGCACACCGUAUAUGGAUACUACAGGAUACGGGAACCUUCGAUUUUAUUUUACCAUGGGGGGACUGUGUAACCCAGGAGAAUCUCAUGACAACGACGUUAUUCUUUACGCAAAUGUUGACGGAAGAAAGGAGCACAUUGUUAUGGAUACCCUCUCCUACUCUUCAUAUAAGGUUCCCUCUCUAGUUUCUACAGUAAUAAGUCCCGAACUGCAGACACCAGCCACAAAAUUUUGCCUGAAACAAAACAGUCACCGGGGACACAAGUUUAAUGUCUGGGCUGUCGAUUUCUUCCAUGUGCUUCCUGUUCUUCCUUCCACAGAAUCUCAUAUGAUCCAGUUUUCAAUUAAUCUUGGGUGUGGAUCUCAUCAGCCAGGAAACAGUGUUAGUUUGGAAUUUUCAACAAAUCAUGGCCGAAGCUGGUCGCUGCUGCAUUCAGAGUGUCUACCUGAGCUUUGCGCAGGAUCUCACCUCCCUCAUAGCACCAUCUAUUCAUCAGACAACUACAGUGGGUGGAGUCGAAUAACCAUCCCCCUCCCCAAUGCUGCUCUUACCAGAGACACAAGGCUACGGUGGCGGCAGAAUGGGCCAGUCGUGGGUAACAUGUGGGCACUUGACAAUGUUUAUAUCGGACCAUCAUGCCUGAAAUUCUGCUCUGGACGCGGACAAUGCACAAGAACUGGCUGCAAAUGUGAACCUGGUUUCUCUGGACCAGCCUGUGAAAUGGCCUCUCAGACCUACCCAGUGUUUAUAUCAGAAAGUUUCACUAGCUCCAGGCUUUCUUCAUACCAUAACUUCAACUCUAUCCGUGGUGCUGAAGUCAGUUUUGGUUGUGGUGUACUUGCAAGUGGCAAAGCUUUAAUUUUUAAUAAGGAUGGAAGGCGACAGCUCAUUACUGCCUUUCUUGACAGCUCGCAGUCCAAAUUCUUGCAGUUUACUUUGAGAAUUGGAAGUAAAUCUGUCCUCAGUACAUGCAAAGCGCCUGACAAACCUGGAGAAGGUGUCCUUCUGCAUUACUCACAUGACAAUGGCAUCACCUGGAAACUGAUGGAACAUUAUUCUUAUCUUAACUAUCAUGAGCCAAGAAUCAUAUCUGUGCAACUGCCUGAGGAAGCAAAGCAAUUUGGUAUUCAGUUUAGAUGGUGGCAGCCGUACCAUUCUGGCCAAGGGGAAGAUGUAUGGGCCAUUGAUGAGAUAAUCAUGACAUCAGUACUCUUCAAUAGUAUCAGUCUGGACUUCACCAAUCUAGUGGAUGUCACACAGUCUCUCGGUUUCUACCUUGGAAAUGUACAGCCAUACUGUGGACAUGAUUGGACUCUUUGUUUCAUAGGGGACUCUAAGCAAGCUUCCAGCACACGUUAUGUGGAGACCCAGUCAAUGCAGAUCGGAGCUUCAUACAUGAUACAAUUCAACCUAGUAAUGGGAUGCGGUGAACGCUUCACCCCACACAUGGAUAACCAAGUGAAACUAGAGUAUUCCACCAAUCAUGGUCUCACAUGGCAUUUAGUCCAAGAGGAAUGCCUCCCAAGCAUGCCCAGCUGCCAGGAGUUCACCUCAGCAAGUAUUUACCACUCAAGUGAGUUCACUCACUGGAGAAGAAUCACAUUGCCCCUACCACAAAAAACCUGGUCCAGUGCAACUCGUUUCCGUUGGAGCCAAAGAUAUUAUACAUCUGAAGAUGAGUGGGCUUUAGACAAUAUUUACAUUGGACAACAAUGCCCAAACAUGUGCAGUGGGCAUGGAUGGUGUGAUCAUGGGAUAUGCCGGUGUGACUCUGGCUUUCAAGACUCACAGUGCCUCCCAGAAACAUCACUUCCAUCCACUGUGAUGUCUGACUUUGAAGGCUUGAAUGGCUGGGACACAUACUGGCAAGAAGUUGUUGGAGGAGAAAUUGUUAAACCAGAACAAGGCUGUGGAGUCAUUUCAUCAGGCUCCUCACUAUAUUUCUCCAAGGAUGGCAGAAGACAGCUUGUUAGCUGGGACAUGGACACAACGUGGGUAGAUUUUAUUCAGUUUUACAUCCAAAUUGGUGGAGAUAGCUCUUCAUGUAAUAAGCCAGACAGCCGAGAGGAAGGAGUUUUACUUCAAUACAGCAACAAUGGAGGGAUCAACUGGCAUCUCCUGGCUGAGAUGUACUUCUCUGACUUCAGUAAACCCAAGUUUGUGUACCUUGAGUUGCCUAAUGCUGCAAAGACCCCAUGCACCAGGUUCCGCUGGUGGCAGCCCGUGUUUUCUGGGGAAGGAUAUGACCAAUGGGCAGUCGAUGAUGUCAUCAUUUUAUCUGAGAACCAGAAGCAAGUGAUACCAAUUGCUUACCCAACAAUGCCACAGAGCUUUUAUGAAAAACCUGCCUUUGAUUAUCCUGUGAACCAAAUGAGUUUCUGGUUGAUGUUGGCUAAUGAAGGAAUGAUUAAAAAUGAAAGUUUCUGCUCUGUUACCCCAUCUGCCAUGAUAUUUGGAAAAUCAGACGGUGAUCGGUUUGCAGUAACCAGAGACCUCACUUUAAAGCCUGGAUAUGUCUUGCAAUUCAAGUUGAUUGUAGGUUGCACUAAUGUGUUCAGCAAUACGACCCCAGUUCUUCUGCAGUACUCACAUGAUGCUGGUCUGUCUUGGACAUUGGUGAGCAGUGGCUGCUCUCCUGCUUCACAAGGAAUCAAAGACUAUGAAGGAAGCUCUCGAGAAGUGUGCGAGGCCACCACAUACUACACUGGAGACUAUGAGGACUGGACAAGAAUCACCAUUGUGGUACCGAGAUCUCUAGCUUCUAGUAAGACAAGAUUCCGAUGGAUCCAAGAGAUUAACUCUCAGAAGAACAUUCCUGCUUUUGGCCUUGAUGGGGUAUAUAUAUCAGAGCCAUGCCCUAAUUACUGUAAUGGUCAUGGUGAUUGUGUUUCUGGAGUUUGUUUUUGUGAUCGAGGAUAUACAGCUGAACACGGAACAUGUGUCUCAAACAGGCCUAAUCCAAGUGAAAUGUUUGACAGAUUUGAAGGCAAACUUAACCAACUAUGGUAUAAAAUAACUGGAGGUCAGGUGGGAACCGGCUGUGGAACAUUAAGUGAUGGCAAAUCUCUUAAUUUUAAUGGGCCUGGAAAAAGAGAGGCAAGGACUGCUGCUUUGGACACAACAAAUAUCAGGUUAGUUCAGUUUUACAUACAGAUUGGAAGCACAAAUGGUGGUUCUUCAUGUCGAAAACCUACAGAAAGAAAUGAAGGCAUUGUUGUCCAAUAUACAAACGACAAUGGAAUCAGUUGGAAUCUCCUGCGGGAACUGGAUUUCAUGUCCUACCUGGACCCACAAAUAGUUUCUAUAGACUUAACCCAGGAUGCUAAGACUCCUGCGACUGCAUUCCGAUGGUCUCAAACCCACCGUGGUGAACUUGCAGCUCAGUGGGCUCUAGAUGAUGUUCUGAUCGGGAUGAAUGACAGCUCUCGGACAGGUUUUCAGGAUAAAUUUGAUGGGUCUGUGGAUUUACAGGCUAACUGGUACAGAAUACAGGGUGGUCAAGUAGACAUUGAUUGCCUGUCCAGGGAUACGGCUCUUUUGUUUACUGAAAGUAUUGGCAAACCUCGCUAUGCAGAGACAUGGGAUUUCCACGCGAUGGCUUCCUCUUCUCUACAGUUUGAGUUGAGCAUGGGCUGCAGUAAGCCAUUUAGUGAUUCUCACACAGUUCAGCUUCAGUACUCAUUAAAUAACGGAAGAGACUGGCACCAAGUUACUGAAGAGUGUGUCCCUCCUAGUAUUGGCUGCUUACAUUAUACUGAAAGCUCCAUAUAUUCUUCUGAAAGAUUCCAGAGCUGGAAAAGAGUAACUGUCUACCUUCCACAAUCCACCGUCUCUCCACGGACACGCUUCAGAUGGAUACAGAAUAAGUACAUCCCUGGAGGUGAUGAAUGGGCCAUUGAUAAUGUCAUACUUUCAUCAGGAUGUCCUUGGAUGUGCUCAGGCCACGGCAUGUGUGAUUCGGGCACCUGUGUAUGUGACCGGGGUUACGGUGGUCCUUACUGUGUCCCUAUUGCUCCAUUGCCUUCCAUUCUCAAAGAUGACUUCAAUGGAAACCUACAUCCUGACCUAUGGCCUGAAGUGUAUGGAGCAGACAGAGGAAACCUGAAUGGAGAUACCCUAAAAUCUGGAACAGCGCUUAUUUUUAAAGGGGAAGGAUUACGAAUGCUUAUCUCAAGAGAUCUGGACUGCAUACAUACUUUAUAUAUUCAAUUUUCCUUUAAAUUCAUUACCAAAGGCACCCCAGAGAGAUCCCAUUCAAUUCUCCUCCAGUAUUCUGUUAAUGGAGGAAUCACAUGGCACCUUAUGGAUGAAUUCUACUUCACUCAAACCACAGACGUGUUGUUUGUUAAUGUUCCAUUGCCACAAAGUGCACAAACCAAUGCAACGCGUUUCAGACUCUGGCAGCCGUACCAUAAUGGAAAAAGGGAUGAGAUAUGGAUCAUAGAAGAUUUUGUUAUAGAUGGAAAUAAUCUGAAUAAUCCUGCCAUCCUGUUGGACACAUUUGAUUUUGGCCCCAAGGAGGAUAACUGGUUUUUCUAUCCUGGAGGCAAUAUUGGCCUCUACUGCCCUUACUCCUCCAAAGGAGCACCGGAAGAAGAUUCUGCUAUGGUAUUUGUCUCUAAUGAAGUUGGGGAGCAUUCCAUCACCACAAGAGAUCUUGAUGUAGAUGAGAACACUAUUCUUCAGUUUGAGAUCAAUGUAGGGUGCACAACUGACAGUUCUUCUGCUGAUCCGGUGAAACUGGAAUUCUCUCGGGAUUUUGGUGCUACUUGGCAUCUGCUCCUUCCCCUGUGCUACAGCAGCAGCAGCCACAUCAGCUCCUUGUGCACCACUGAGCACCAUCCCAGUAGUACGUACUAUGCCGGAACCAUGCAGGGAUGGCGAAGGGAAGUUAUCAACUUUGGUAAACUCCACCUCUGUGGCUCUGUUCGAUUUAGAUGGUACCAAGGAUUUUACCCAAGCAUGAUGCAACCGGUCACCUGGGCAAUUGAUAACAUAUACAUUGGCCCCCAGUGUGAGGAAAUGUGUAAUGGUCAUGGAAGCUGUAUUAAUGGAACCAAGUGUAUCUGUGAUCCAGGUUACUCAGGUCCAACGUGUAAAGUCAGCACUAAAAACCCAGACUUCCUCAAGGAUGAUUUUGAAGGCCAGUUAGAAUCAGAUCGAUUUAUUUUGGUCAGUGGUGGGAAGCCAUCUAGAAAAUGUGGUAUCCUGUCUAGUGGAAAUAAUCUGUUUUUCAAUGAAGAAGGUUUGAGGAUGCUCAUGACCCGAGACCUAGAUCUCGCUCUUGCAAGAUUUGUGCAAUUUUUCAUGCGUUUGGGUUGUGGGAAAACUGUCCCUGACCCCAGGAGUCAGCCAGUUCUCCUUCAGUAUUCACUUGAUGGAGGGUUGUCCUGGAGUGUCCUACAGGAAUUUCUCUUCAGCAACUCCAGUAAUGUGGGCAGAUACAUUGCACUGGAAAUCCCACUAAAGGCACGUUCUGGAUCUACACGUCUACGCUGGUGGCAGCCAUCUGAAAAUGGACACUUCUACAGCCCUUGGGUUAUUGACCAAAUUCUUAUUGGUGGAAAUAUCUCUGGAAACACUGUUCUAGAGGAUGAUUUUACCAUUCUAGAAAACAGAAAGUGGCUUCUCCAUCCAGGCGGUACUAAAAUGUCAGUGUGUGGAUCAACUGGAGAUGCCCUAGUGUUCAUUGAGAAGGCCAGCACUCGCUACGUUGUUACCACCGAUGUUGUUGUAAAUGAGGACUCGUACAUGCAGUUUGAUUUUGCUGCUUCUUGCUCUGUUACAGACUCAUGUUAUGCUAUUGAGUUGGAAUAUUCUGUGGACUUAGGACUAUCGUGGAAUCCUGUAUUUAAAGACUGUCUCCCAACCAAUGUGGAAUGUAAUAAAUAUCAGCUUCAGAGAGUGCUUGUAUCUGAUACCUUCAACAAAUGGACCAGGUUCACUUUACCAUUACCCUCUUACACCAGGUCUCAAGCUACUCGAUUCCGUUGGAAUCAGCCAUCACCAUUUGAAAAGCAGCAAACCUGGGCUAUUGAUAAUGUCUAUAUUGGCGAUGGAUGCAUAGAUAUGUGCAGCGGCCAUGGGCGAUGUGUGCACGGGGACUGUGUAUGUGAUGACUAUUGGGGAGGAAUUUAUUGUGAUGAGCCAGAGGUGUCUCUCCCAACUCAGUUAAAAGACAUGUUUAACCGAGCCCCGGCUAGCCAAAACUGGCUGACUGUGAAUGGCGGCAAACUAAGCAGUGUGUGUGGAGCUGUGGCAUCAGGGAUGGCUCUUCAUUUCAGCGGGGGGUGCACCCGUUUGUUAGUAUCUGUGGAUCUGAACCUCACAAGUGCUGAAUUUAUUCAAUUUUAUUUUAUGUAUGGCUGUCUAAUAACUCCUCAUAGCCGUAAUCAGGGGGUUCUUCUGGAAUUCUCUAUAAAUGGAGGCAUCAGCUGGCACCUUUUAAUGGAAAUAUUCUAUGAGGAUUACAGAAAGCCAGGAUUUGUAAACAUCAUCUUGCCACCAAGUGCAAAAACGGUUGGGACCCGAUUCCGUUGGUGGCAGCCCAAACACGAUGGUUUAGAGCAAAACGAUUGGGCCAUUGACAAUGUGCUAGUAUCUGGUUCUUCAGAUCAGACCACAGUCAUGUUAGAUACUUUCAGUGGAGCUCUUCUCCCACAACAUGAGCGCACGCCUGCAGAUGCAGGACCCACAGGAAGGAUAGCUUUUGAAAUUUUUGGUGAAGAAAAAACUACAGUUAAUGAACACUGGCUAUUCCACGAUGACUGUAGUAUAGAGAGAUUCUGUGACUCCUCUGAUGGAGUAAUGAUUUGCGGGAGCCAUGAUGGGCGAGAAGUGAAUACCGUUACUCAUGACCUGACACCAGCAGAAGGAUGGAUCAUGCAGUUCAAGAUUGCUGUUGGCUGCCGGAUUCCUGAAAGAAAUGUGCAGAACCAAGUUCACAUCCAAUACUCAACAGAUUUUGGUGUGAGUUGGAGUUACUUAGUUCCACAGUGUUUGCCUGCUGAUCCAAAAUGCUCUGGUGGUGUCUCACAGCCAUCAGUUUUUUUUCCAACUAAGGGAUGGAAGAGGGUGAUCUAUCCCCUACCUGAUAGCCUCAUUGGCAAUCCUGUCAGAUUCCAGUUUUACCAGAAGCAUUCAGACUUGCAGUGGGCAAUAGACAACUUCUACAUUGGCCCUGGUUGUUUGGACAAUUGUAACGGUCAUGGUGACUGCUUGAAGGAGAAGUGUAUCUGUGAUCCUGGAUAUUCUGGAACAAACUGUUACUUGUCACAACCCCUCAAGACCUUCCUUAAGGAACGCUUUGACAAUGAGGAAAUAAACUCUGAUUCAUGGCUGUCUGUGGAAGGAGGAAAGACGUGUACAGACUGUGGGGUUCUGGCCGAGGACACAGCUCUGUAUUUUGGAUCAGCUGCAGUGAGGCAAACUGUAACUCAGGACCUGGACCUCCGUGGGGCAAAGUUUGUGCAAUACUGGGCAAGAAUUGGCAGUGAAAAUAUGACAUCUUGUCGCAGACCAACGUGCAGGAAAGAAGGCGUCUUAUUAGAUUAUUCUAUAGAUGGCGGUAUGACUUGGACCUUGCUUCAUGAAUUGGAUUAUCAGAAAUACCUCUCAGUUCGAUAUGAUUACAUACUUCUACCAGAGCAAGCCCAAACUAACACAACACGCCUGCGUUGGUGGCAGCCAUUCAUGGUUAGCAAUGGACUUGUGGUUACCGGCCAAGAUCGAUCUCAGUGGGCACUUGAUAACAUCUUAGUUGGCGGAGCUGAAAUCAACCCCAGUCAGCUUGUAGACACAUUUGAUGAUGAGGGAACCUCUCAUGAUGAACACUGGAGUUUUUUCCCCAAUGCUGUGCGAACUGCUGGAUUCUGUGGAAACCCAUCUUUCCACCUCUACUGGCCCAACAAGAAGAAGGACAAGACACACAACAUACUGUCCUCAAGGGAGCUUAUUAUACAGUCAGGUUAUAUGAUGCAAUUUAAGAUUGUGGUUGGCUGCGAUGUGAACGCCUGUGUUGAUCCUCACUCUGUAAUGCUUGAAUAUACAAAGGAUGCUAGAACAGAUUCCUGGCAGUUGGUGCAAACCCAGUGCCUACCAUCCUCUUCGAAUAGCAUUGGCUGUUCACCAUUUCAGUUCCACGAAGCCACAGUCUACAAUUCAGUGAACAGCUCUGUUUGGAAAAGGGUAACUCUGCAACUCCCAGAUCAUGUCUCAUCAAGUGCAACACAAUUCCGCUGGAUUCAGAAAGGUGAUGAUACAGAGAAGCAGAGCUGGGCCGUAGAUCAUGUAUAUAUAGGAGAAGCUUGUCCUAAACUAUGCAAUGGUCGUGGAUACUGUACAACUGGAGCUAUAUGUAUAUGCGAUGAGGGAUACCAAGGGGAUGACUGCUCCAUUUUUAACCAUGACCACCCAAGUUACAUCAAAGACAAUUUUGAGUCUGAAAAAGUUACAGAAACAAAUUGGGAAAACAUCCAGGGGGGAAUGAUUGGCAAUGGAUGUGGGCAGCUUGCUCCCUACGCUCAUGGGGACUCAUUAUAUUUCAAUGGGUGCCAAAUCAGACAAGCCAUCACCAAGCCUCUUGAUCUCACCAGAGCCAGCAAAAUAAUGUUUGUCCUUCAAAUCGGGAGCAUUGCACAGACAGGGAGUUGCAAUACCAAUCUCAGCGAUGCUAACACUGUGGAUAAGGCCGUGUUACUGCAGUACAGUGUCAAUAAUGGGAUUACAUGGCAAGUCAUUGCUCAGCACCAGCCAAAAGACUUUAUACAGGCCCAGAGAGUGUCCUACAAUAUCCCACUGGAAGCCAGAAUGAAAGGAGUUUUAUUACGCUGGUGGCAGCCUCGACAUGGUGGAACAGGUCAUGAUCAGUGGGCUUUGGAUCAUGUAGAAGUUGUACUCACACGCAAACAAAAUUACAUGAUGAAUUUUUCAAGGCAGCAUGGGCUCAGGCAUUUCUACAACAGAAGGCGAAGGUCUCUGAGACAAUACCCAUGAAGAAAUGAAAUAUAUAUUUCUAAUCAUCAUGUGAUGUGUUGCUUUUUCAUUCUAUCCAAUCAAAACACUGCGUCUGGUAUGAAGACUUCCCUACAAUUGGCUUACAUAACAAAGAGCCUCUUCUAAGAUUGACAAUGCACCACUUUUCACACUGUGAACUAAUGAGAAGUGACUUCUUUUUCUCAUCAGUAAAUGUUAUGUUUGUGUGUCCGUGGACUAUGUGAUCUGUUGUAAUAUCAGUUUAAUCAGCAGUAUUGGAACUAGCAAUGUAUUCUGUUUAAAGAGCAAAAACACAAUUAAGCACAUGGACUUUAAACCUUGUUAAAAGAAGUUAAAAUGAAUUAAAAAGUGCAGUAUUUACCGCAUUUAGCUAUCUCUUGCCACUAAAAUAUUUAAGUGCACUGUUUUUCAUGUAUGUAUCAUAUUUUAUAGCAUUAAGUUAUCAUGUUUUUGUCUUUUAUGUACUAAUGCCCUCAAACAUGACGUGCAGACGUUGCAUACUCUUGUCUCAUUGAUGUACAAUUUCCUGAGUGUAUUUCGGCUUAAUGAAUGGGCACAUCAGGAUCUAAAACAGUUUAUAUACUGAUCAGUUAAUGCAGUCAUUUUUGAGGCACUGUAUAUCUUGACACGCUUCUCUGAGAUUAAUGUUAAAAUUGUGAAUAGGCUUUCGUGACCUCAAAGAUUUCCUUUAUGAAAUGUUGUGAAUAAUUCCCAAACAAAUGACCAGCUUCCUGCAAAUGAAAGUAACCGUGUUUUAGUAUGUUGAAGGCAAAUAAACCGGACAGUAACUGCCCUGUAGUUUCCGUGGCAUUAGAGUGAUUUGUAGUCAGUGGACAUUUUCAUUGUGUUUCAUUUGUGAUAUGUUUCUAUUGCGGGUCAUUGUAUAUUCUGCUUAUGUAACUGCACCAGCAACAGUGGGAAGGAACAGUUUGCCUUGAUAUCAGACUUCAAUAGCAAAGUUUUACUGUAUUCUAAGUUUGAACAAUAUAUUGGUCCAUAAUUAACUGAAAGAAGACCAUUAUUAUUUGAAUGCAGUUGCUGUGUUUCGGACCAUAAUCUCUGAUAUGUACAUACCAUAAAUCACUCUCAGUAUAAUAAUGUCUGCAACUGCAUCAGCCUUUUCAUUAACCUCCUUUUAACAAAAAAAAAUACCUGUUCUAAUGAAGUUACGGCAGAAAUAAACUGUUCUGAAUGUUU